GUGUUGAGAAAAACCAAGAAAACACCAGGGCGGAAGCAGGAAUACGAAAGGGAAAGAAGCAGGUACGAAGCUCGUUAACAAAUCAAAACCUACCUCCACCAGUAUUUGUGCCUCCACCAAAUGCAUUGCCGGAUCCAAAGCCGGAGCUCUGCUGAGUGUUCUGUCCGAAUCCUCCUCCGAACAUCUUGCAGGUUGAGUGAUUGCGACUUAUGAGUUCAUCCGUUCCGAAACGUUUUCCAACUGAAAGGCCGAAUGCUCGUCCACGUCAACGUUUUGAUGCGAGCUAUGUCCCGAAAAAGGCGGUAUUACGUGUGAGAUGGGUUCGAUCACGGCGCGUUGCGAAGGGUGCGAAGCGACGAGCUCCAAGGUUGUGGAUUGAGAAGCCGAGAUCUCGACGCGCCCAAGAGGAGAGGUGUUUUGUGGGUGGGAAGGACAGCAGGGUAAGAAUGUCUCGCCAGCUAGAGACGGGACGUCACCGUCAAGAGCGGAGAUGCAGUUCAGCGUCCUUGAACUGGAGAGGCGACGAUGAGAAGAAGCCAGAGAGCUGGUCGAAAGAGGAGGAGGGCGCGCGACGGAGAGGAAGUACGAAGGGACAGAAGGGAAAGAGGUUGCUGCAAAAGGGACGAGGCGGCGACGGUCAGGCGGUGACUUGCUCGCUUACGUUUCCGGUACAGACUGAUCCGCGGGCAAUUCGGGGACUUUCAGGCAGAAUCAUCCGGUAACUUUGGCUGUAAAUACACCCCGUUACCAGCUGCUCACGUGAGAUCUCGCGGCCUGAAACCACCCGCGAAACUGAGCAAUUUCUGCCUGAGGAUUACUCUCUGCAAUCAGUUGUGCCCUCCCCAGAUGGUGCUGGGCGUUAUUUAAACACGAGGUAUGUGAGGCUACUGUGAUUCAGGGCUGAUAAAGCUGUCUUUUUGAGAAUUUCAGGGUGUAGGUUCACUCUGAAUGACGCAUUGGUGUACAAGAUACAGUGUAUAUAUUUACGAGGUGACUCUUGCCGUCAAAUUCAAGUUACAA